GGCAACGCGCCCAGCCCACGUGGAAAAGCGGCGCCACGGCGGACAGAUAAAAAGCGCGCAACCCUCGGCUGGCUGUUCCCCACCUCCCCCCACUCCCUCCUCGACCGGUCCACCGUUCCGUUACUCCGUCCGCGUCGUCGGCCUGAAGAAGACGCGCCGCGGCGCCGGCGAAGAGCUAGGGUCGGCGAAUCCUUCUCCCUCUCCGGUGGUGAUUUUGUUUUCCGGUGGGCGGGUAGGAGUGGACGGCCGGAGAUGAUGGACGAGGCGCCGGCCGAUCUGCGGGAGCUCGUGCGCCUGCCGGAUGUUCUGGUGGUAUGCUCAUCUACGGGAUGGACAAAUGAAAAGCACAUGCUCUAUCUUCAAUUAUUGGAAGAAACAUUUGUGAGCCAACUACAUGACGGUGAACGCAGUUUCAAGGGGUUGUUCAAUCUCUCUCCAAGAUACUGUAGACAAGUGAAAUCAUCUAAGCAAAUCGUUGAAUAUGCCAAACCUGAUCAGGGAUGUCAUGGGAUAGUUGAUGCUGACAGAGUCAAGUCCUGCAUGAAGGUUGAGCUUAUGGACUCACCUUCUUGUUGUGGAAAUCAGCAAGAUGGAAAAAUCCAUUCUACGGAUGAUAAUGCAUCAACCACGGAACCAGUAGAAGAAGCCAUUUCCCAAGCAAGGACAACGAGCUCUGGACAAUCUUCCACAUGCUAUGUUGGCAAGUACAGACAUUCCCCUUCUAGGAGUGCAGAGGGGUCGGAUCAGAAUUUUGAUGAGGAGACCAAAGGGACUGGAGAAUCAAGAAGAGGAUGCAGCCAAAAGCGAUUGAAAUCUUACAAUGUUAUGAGGGAUGAUGAGGUGCAGAAAGCAGGCCUCAUUGCAUGUGACAAACACGAAGAUAAAUAUAAUGGCUCAUUGAAGGUGGAUGCUGGAUCACUGGAUGCAGAAACUGGAUCGCCUACAUGAAAAACCAUGGAUCGAAGGGAUAAUCCAAUGUCCACGGAGUGUUCUCUGGAGCUAACUAACAAACUCACCUAGUUGUAACUGAUAGAAUCACCAUGAUCUCUAGAUCAGAGAGGAAAAGCGAAAGUAGGGCAUGUUUGGAAGAUAAACUAGCUUACCCUUCAUGCUGGUUUGGGAAGUCAAAAUAGUUUGUUCAAUGUACCACUUAUGUUUGAUUUAGAGACGAUUUUAAAGGUUUUGUUGUGUUUCUGAGUGGCUAUGAUACGGAAAUUUCUUGCCUAUCCUUGUAUUGUAUUUGGUCUCUGUAAGCCUGUAUAUAGAGUGUCUUUGUUUUUCUACUGUCAUAUCUGCAUUUUUCACGAUGCAGAGACGAAACUCUGAUGGUUGCUGCUGGUAUUUGUCACGGUGCAGAAAUGAAAUUAUGAUGUUUCCUGCU